UGACAGUGAAUAUCGGAAUGCAGCCAGUAUAUUACUCGAGUCGAAUGAUUUGAAAUAGCAUUGAAGAUCGUGAACAUGUAUUACCCGUCGAAAAUAUCCGUCACUACAUAGUUCAAUGUUUUGUUCACGUAGAGGCGCUAGUAAACGAGUUUCAUGUAAAACGCCGCAUGUCUGUCUUCAGUUUUCUCUCUGUUUUCUCUCUGUCUGAUUUUAGAGGCAAUUAAAGUUCAAUUAGUUUACAACUUUUGGAAUUAGGGGAUCGAGAGCUGUCAUUUAUCAAGAAGAAAAAUAAGAAAUUCACUAUUUUCGCGUUCUGAGAAACUAAAUGUUUACAAGGUGUAUUCCAAGCUGACAGAAUGGAAAUAGAAUUAAUUGAAUUGAAAGAUAUAAAGGCCGUACCGGACAUAAUACAUCUUUAUCCGGAGCGAGUGAAAUCCGAGUGUACGCCACUUGUGAUUGACAAUGGGUCCUACAAUUGUAGAGUCGGUUGGGCUACUGAAAAGGAACCACAGUUGAUAUUCAAGAAUCUUAUAGCAAAACCAAGGAAGGAACGUGGCAAGAAAGAUGGAGAACCUCAAGUAGGGAAUGACAUAGCAAACAUCGAAGCUGUUCGAUUUCAAUUGAAGACUCAAUUCGAUCGGAAUGUAGUGACACAUUUUGAGGCCCAAGAACAGAUAUUUGAUUAUACUUUCACACACAUGGGUAUUGAUACAGAGGGUAGCGUAAAUCACCCAAUUAUAUUAACAGAAGCAUUUCUGAAUCCCAACUAUUCUCGUAACUUGAUGGCAGAAUUAUUAUUUGAAUGUUAUAAUGUACCAUCGGUGGCAUAUGGAAUCGACUGUUUAUUUUCGUAUCAGCACAAUAAUUGCCCACCUGAUGGUCUGAUAGUUAGCGUAGGUUAUCAUACGACUCACAUAAUACCGAUAUUGGAUGGGAAAGCGGAUGCCAUGAACGCGAGAAGGAUCAACGUUGGUGGAUAUCAUAUCACGUCGUACAUGCAUAAACUCCUUCAAUUGAAAUAUCCAGUACACGUCAAUGCAAUAACGCUUAGUCGAGCAGAGGAGUUGAUACACGAGCAUUCGAUGAUUGCUUUAAACUACCAGGAAGAAUUAUCCAAGUGGGCAGAUGUAGAUUAUUAUGACACACAUGUUUUAAGAGUGCAAUUACCAUAUAUUGCACCCACUACUGCUCCUGGUCUAACGCUUGAGCAACAAAAAGAGAGAAAACGGGAAUUAGCACGGCGACUGAUGGAAAUUAAUGCAAGAAAGAGGGAGGAAAGAUUAGCAGAAGAUGAAGAGCAACUUAAUCAAUUGCUAGCAGUCCAAGAUCUUCUAGAAGAAGGUGAAAUCGAUGAAUUUGGCCGAGCAUUGAAAUCCUACUCUCUUGCGAACGAGGCUGAUUUAAUAAAAAUGAUUAAUAAUUUACAAGCAAAAGUAGAAAGGACUAGACAGAAAAUCGUUGCUGCUAAUUCACAAGAGGAAAAUAUUAUAAUGGAAGAAAAACCUAAAAUUAAAUCAAGCCUUCAACCUAAGGAUCAGCAAGAUUUUGAUGAAUGGAUUGCUGGGGUUAGAAAAAAAAGACAAGAUAUAUUAGAUAAACGUAUGGCAAAGAGACAACGGAGGCAAGACAUGGCGAAGCGAAGAACAGCCGCCGCACAGGAGAGGAUGCGCAUAAUUAGCCAAUUAGCGAAAAAAGAAAAGCGCGAUGAUGAUUUUGGUAUGCGAGACGAAGACUGGGACGUGUACAAAGUUAUAAAUAGGGAAGGUGGCGAUUCAGAUUCGGAAUUAGAACAGGAGAAACUGUUGGAAUUGGAAGAUGUUUUACGUCAUCACGAUCCAGAAUUUGAUAGUGCCGGAUCUAGCGUUCCAAUGGUUCCUGGAGAAACUCAUCAGCUUCAUGUAGGCGUAGAACGUCUACGGGCGCCAGAAUUGUCGUUUCAACCGUCUAUGAUUGGUUCUGUAGAAGCUGGGAUUGCCGAGACAAUUGAAUUUGUUUUAAAACAGUACACUCCUGAUGAGCAAACGCGUCUUGUGAGCAAUGUGUUUCUUACCGGUGGAUCAACAGCUUUCCCAGGAUUAUUGGAAAGAUUAAAACGUGAAUUGCGCGAAAUGAGACCUUUCGGAUCGAACUUUCAAGUGAAUAUUGCGAAAAAUACCAGCUUGGAUGCCUGGUACGGUGCAAGAGAUUUCGGUCUAAAUGGCAAUUUUCCUGAAUAUUUGGUCAGCCGCAAGGAAUACGAGGAGAAAGGUGGGGAGUAUUUCAAAGAACACUCGACAAGUAAUACUUAUACCCGAUCGCCCGAUCCCUUGCCGAUGAUACAAGUGCCUGUAACAUCCGAGCAAGUAAUCGUGGAGGAUGCCGUGGUUGAUGUGGAAAUUGAAUAAAGACAUGGACACCAGGGAAGGCAGGAAAAUCGAGGUGAAUGAACAAAGAAAAUGUGCAAUCUCGCAUUCUACGUCGAAGUAUUCGCUCGUCUCGCGCGUUAUGUGUAAGUAUAUAUAGCACUUGUAGACGUAUUUUUUCCGCGCUUUAGAAGCGCCGCAGAAACGUCAUCUUCCUUUUUUUUUCUUUUUUUUUCUUCAUUUUUAUCUGCCAUAUAUACAUAUGUAUUGGUCCGACGAGGGCUCUCCCGAAGGAAGGACCUGUCUUCCACCUCCCCACCCUCCCUUCCUUCUUACGAAAAUACACAUUUUUUUGAUAUACAUGUCGCGAAUACCAGAACUCGAAGAUACGUCCGCGAGGAAAAAAAAAGCGGUCGGUGUGUGUGAGAUCGUUAUUUACCGGAUUCGAGAGUUUCGAUACGUCAGUGCUGGGCAAUCCUAAAAAAUAUACGCAUACAGCCUAUAUGUACGCGACAUACUGUCUGAAAUAGCUCCUAAUUCUAUACGUAUUGGCUAACAGCUAACACAGUUAAAAAUCUCACUACAUUUUUCAGGACGCUGAUGUUACUGACUACGAUCGUUUCUGGCUGAAAUUUGCCGGUCAUCGCAUUCACUGGAGAGAUGCAAUCGCGACGCUCGCAUUUUUCUAAGCAUUGGGAAUCGUUGCCGUUGGCGAGCGCGAUCUUUUUUUAGAUUGCGAAUUUGUCGCCCGUAAUUGAAAUUUCGAAACAAUCGUUUUGUGCAAUUCCAGUCUUAACGUUUAAGAACGCAAGUAAACAAGCUCUUUUGCUGAUUAAACGAAUGCACGCACGUACAUUAUCUCCUAUUUGCGCGACCAUAUUUAAAUAUCAUAAACAGAAAAACAAAUAGCCUUCGUAAAUUGCGCGCAUCAACGACUGACAAUUCGUUUCGGAUUGGCAAAUAAAUCAGCUUAAAGCGCAUUAGAUAAGAUAAGAGUAGUUUCUCUGAAAAAGCAAGCAUCUAUUUCAAACAGUACGAUCGUUAUAUAAAAAUUUAUAAAACGUAAACCCGCGCCCCGCGCGCACUCGUAUAUAUAUAAAACUCUCUUUAAACACUCGCACAAAUUGCGAGUCCUCCCGAUAACUUAUGAUACCUACAUAUAUAUGUCUUUGCCCAACACUGCGAAGGUAUGCGUCUAAAACGAAGAAAAGGGAAAAGAAAAAAAAAGAAAGAGAUCGUGAGUGAAUAAUUAACCGAUCGACCGGAACUGCGAUGUUUAAAUAUUCCUAAGGCUAUCUAAUUUCACUUUUACUUACAUAUUUAUAAUAAACUACAAAAUAUAUAUAUAUAUAUAUAUAUUUAUAUCACUAUAAUUAGGAGCUGCGCGGUCAUAUGCACGGAGGCUUUAAUCACAGCUUUGUAGUACACUUAAUAUCUCGUAGAGCUGCCCAAUGACUAGCCG